CAUCACGGGGCUCCGGCGCCUGCGCGGGCGCAGUGUUGCGGGAAGAUGGCGGUGUGUGCGCGGCGGGCUGUUCAGGCAGCGGGGCAGAGGCUCCUCCGGACGGACUGGCGUGGCGGGAAGCCACAGACUGUCUUAAACAGUUGGAAGAGAUUCCAGGCCAGUCAAGCCACAGCUGCACAAGUCAUUCUGAAUGUACCAGAAACAAAAUUAACUAUUCUGGAAAACGGACUCCGAGUAACAUCAGAAGAUUCUGGACUCCCAACUUGUACAGUUGGAUUGUGGAUCGAUGCAGGGAGUCGCUACGAGAAUGAAAAGAACAAUGGAACAGCUCAUUUCUUGGAGCACAUGGCCUUCAAAGGCACAAAGAAACGAUCUCAGCUAGACUUGGAGCUUGAAAUUGAGAACAUGGGUGCCCAUUUAAAUGCAUACACUUCUAGAGAACAAACAGUGUAUUAUGCGAAAGCAUUUUCUAAAGAUUUGCCCAGAGCUGUUGAAAUUCUUGCAGACAUCAUCCAGAAUAGCACUUUGGGAGCAGCUGAGAUUGAACGUGAACGAGGUGUUAUCCUCAGGGAAAUGCAAGAAGUUGAAACUAAUCUUCAGGAAGUUGUCUUUGAUUAUCUACAUGCAACAGCCUAUCGGUCCACAGCAUUAGGUCGUACCAUCUUAGGCCCUACAGAAAAUAUCAAAUCUAUAUCUCGGAAUGACCUGGUGGAAUAUAUAACAAUGCACUACAAAGGACCAAGAAUGGUAUUGGCUGCUGCUGGAGGUGUAGGACAUGAUAAACUGGUUGACUUAGCAAAGCGUCACUUUGGUAAUUUAAGUACGUACGAAGGUAACAUCACGCCAGAUCUGCCUCCAUGUAAAUUCACAGGAAGUGAGAUUCGUGUAAGAGAUGAUAAGAUGCCAUUGGCUCACAUUGCUAUUGCUGUUGAAGCGGCUGGCUGGUCACAUGCAGACACCAUUCCCCUCAUGGUGGCAAACACACUAAUUGGUAACUGGGACCGUUCUUUUGGUGGUGGUGUGAAUUUGUUCAGUAAACUGGCACAGAUCGCUUGCCAGGGUAACCUCUGCCAUAGUUUCCAGUCGUUCAACACCUGUUAUACAGACACUGGUCUUUGGGGGCUCUACAUGGUCUGCGAGUCUAACACGAUUGAUGAGAUGCUGCAUUUUAUUCAAAGAGAGUGGAUGCGAUUGUGCACAAGUGUUACUGAUACAGAGAUUGCAAGAGCAAAGAAUCUGCUAAAAACGAACAUGUUACUGCAGCUUGAUGGUUCGACACCAAUCUGUGAAGACAUUGGCAGACAAAUGUUAUGUUACAACAGAAGGAUUCCACUCCCCGAGCUUGAAGCUAGAAUUGAAGCUGUUGAUGCCAAAACAGUAAGAGAUGUAUGCAGCAGAUAUAUCUAUAACAAGGCCCCUGCGAUUGCUGCAAUUGGUCCUGUUGAACAACUUCCAGAUUACAACAAAAUUUGCAGUGCAAUGUACUGGUUAAGAUAAUGUUAUUCUAUGAAAUAAAGCAAAACAUUCAGACUGGAUUUUACUAUUUUAUUAUCAAAUAACACAUGCACAAUG